AUGCCUGUUCAGCAAAUUAGUGUGAAGAACUCUUCGGAUAUUGAAAGUUGGGAAUGGGGAGGAGGAUGUGGUAGAGAAGUGAUUCGUACGGGGUCAGGGAGCAGCCGCACGUCAUGUAGCAACUCCAGCGGUGAUAUAUGCCGCAUAUGCCAUUGUGAGAGCGAGCCUCACAAUCCUCUCCUAGCACCAUGUUAUUGUUCAGGAAGUUUAAAAUAUGUUCAUCAAAGCUGUUUACAACAGUGGCUGACUGCAUCAGAGACAAGGUCUUGUGAACUCUGCAAAUUCAAUUUCAUCAUGCAUACCAAAAUAAAGCCAUUUAAUGAGUGGCGUUUGUUAGAGAUGUCCGGUGUGGAGCGCCGGAGACUGUGCUGUGCUGUACUGUUCCACUGUGUCGCUGCACUCUGCGUCAUGUGGUCCCUCUUUGUACUUAUUGAACGAGCCGUAGAAGAGGUCAACCGUGGGAUGAUUGCUUGGCCUUUUUGGACAAAAUUGGUAGUUGUGGCUGUAGGAUUUACUGGCGGCGCAGUCUUUAUGUACAUACAAUGUCGGCAAUAUCUGCACCUUUGUAAUCGUUGGCGAGCACACAACAGGAUACUAUUAAUUCAAAAUGCGCCGGAGAAGAUCCCAAUCGGAGGUGGAUCUCCACCCGUGCGAGUGAAGAGACGCGAGAGAAGCGCGCGCGGGCAAGUGAUCGCCAACAUCGAGCCGCCGCCGCCACCCGCCGCUUACCACGAGGAGGACGAGAGCGGCGGCUUCGAGACCUACCGCGGCAACCCGCACCGCCGUCUGUCCGCGCUGCCCGACCCGCGCCCCGACGACACGCGCCGCUACUCCGACACGCGCCUGGCGCAGGCGUGCGACGAGGCCGCCGUGUCGCCCGAGCGCGGUGGCGUCUACCACAUCAGCGUGGACCCGCUCGAGGCCGACAUCCGCUCGCUGUUGGCGCUAGAGGCGCGGCGCGCCGCCCGGGCCGCGCGCUCGCUGCCCAACCUACGCGCCUCGCGCGAGACGUUGCUGCCCGCGGCCCCCACCGGCCCAGGCCCCGCGGGCCCCGCACCCGGACCCCCCGCGGCCGGGCCCCCGGCGCCGGCCCCCGCAGCCUCCUGA